UUUCAUUUAAAAAAAUUCUCUUUAGGAAUACGAUGUCAAAACCAACGUGGGAAAUAAUUGAGGCAAUUGUUCUAAUUUUAAUUGCAGCAUGUGCUCUUUUGGGAAACUGCAUGAUUAUUCUUGCUUUCGUUAUUGGUCCUAGAGCAAUAAAAACCUUUACGAAUUACUUCGUUGUUAAUUUAGCUGUUGCUGACUUAAUGGUCGUAUGCUUAUCGUUGCCAUUUUGGAUUGCAAGCCGUUUAGAUUACGAACUAAUUGAUGGCAGAGUUCGCAAGUUCUUCGAUGCUCUUGACAUACUUUGCGGAACAACGUCAAUACUAAACCUGACAGCAAUAAGUUUGGAGCGUAUGUAUGCAGUAAAAUUUCCUGCCCGUCACUUUAAUUUAUCGCCACACCCUGUUAUUGGGGUUAUUGCGUUAACUUGGACAACUGGAUUAUUUUUCACUAUUACGCAAUAUCCAGCUACUACUGGAAAAAGUGUUAGAUGGUACACAUGUUUCAUUUUUACGAUGGCAUUUCUUAUUCCGUUACUUAUAAUUGUUGGUUCUUAUUGCAUCACCUUUCAUUGCGCAGUAUCCACCUUAAAAAUUAAUAGUAAGCGAGAAUUAAAAGUCGCUAAAACAAUUUCUGUAAUAAUUACUUUGUUUUUCGUUUGCUGGAGCCCGUUUUUUAUUGUGAACAUGAUAUUUGCAUUUUGCGAAGGAAUAAAUUGUACAAAGCUUCCACGUUGGUUGGUUGAUGUUACAAAAGUUAUGCACUAUAGCAACAGUAUGAUGAAUUUCUUUGUUUACGGACACCGAAGUCCUGAUUUUAGACGUUCUUUUAAAGCUUUUUUCCACUGUAAUUUUCGACCUAUACAACGAAGAGUGCAUCGUUAAUAGUUAUAAAAGAUAAAUUAAAGAAAUGUAUUUAAGAAUAAUAUUUUUAAAUUGUAAA